AUGGGUUACGCAUUCGCAGUCGCCCUUUGCAGAUACCUCUUCCCUAACGUGCCGAAUGCGGCAUAUGUGCAUUAUCCGACUAUUUCUACCGAUAUGCUGGACAGUCUUGAGGACACGACCGGUCAGAAGGGAAUCCAUGCCGGUGCCGGGAAAGGGUGGAAAGGUAAAGGAAAGAAAUACUAUUGGCGUGCCUUUGCAUGGCUGUACGGUUUUGUCGGCAGGCAGAUCGAUGUUGUCAUGUGCAAUUCGACGUGGACCCAAGGCCACAUCCGACAGCUUUGGAGACCGAAAAGAGCGUCCUCCUCGUUCGCGGCUAUCGUGUAUCCACCGUGUCCAGUGGAAGAGUUGGAAGCACGCAUCCCGUUGACAGAGGAGAGUGAGAAACAACGAGAGAACAUAGUCCUCUAUAUCGCUCAAUUUCGACCCGAAAAGAACCAUUCGUUGAUUCUUCGGUCCUUUGCCAAGUUCUACCACGCUGCAAAGGAGAAACCACGGUUGGUUCUCAUUGGGUCGGUUCGAAGCAACACGCCGGAUGAGAAGCACAUCUACAGCCUCCGACUUGAAGCGCACGAACUCAAGAUCAAGGAUGCCACCACCUUCAUCUGUGAUGCGCCCUUCUCAGUCAUCCUCGAAUAUCUUCAGAGGUCGAGUAUUGGGACGAACGGCAUGUACGCAGAACAUUUCGGGAUCGGCAAUGUUGAAGGACUGGCCGCCGGGCUCAUCCCAGUGGUACAUAACAGUGGUGGGCCCAAGCUCGAUAUCGUGGUUCCGUUCGAAGGUCAGCCCAUUGGGUUUCACGCUGAGACAGAGGAUGAGUUUGCUGCUGCUUUUGCCCGCGUGACAGCCAUGAGCCCACGGGAACGAUAUGCAAUGAGAGUAAGAGGGCGUGCCAGCACAAAGCGAUUCACAGAGAAAGCAUUUGCUGGCAAAUGGGUCGAGCAGAUGGAGAUCCUGGUCAGGCUGCAGAAGUUGCGGAACAACCAUAACAUAUAG